GUCAACUCUGUGUAUGAAGAAGAAGAAGAGAAACCCAGGGAACCUGGUAGUGGUGUUCUAGACAUGUCAGAGAACUGACAGCAAUGCUAACUUGGCCGCAGUAGUUAGUGAGUUAUUUAAAAAAGUGACUGGAAGCUUAAAGAAGGGAUUUUAACGCACGAAACCUCGCUAGGCGGCAUGUUUAGAGGGUUGGCAGACCGGUAAAACGUUACGGAUCCCGGGACCUUUGAUAUUUGACAAACGCUGGUUAGCUAGCAUUAGCUGGCUAUCUAGGGAGCUCCUGAAAAGUAACGCCAGGGCUUGUUUCAUAUUCCAUACCGUCAUGUCCGCGGCCGGAGACUUCGGAAACCCUUUGAGGAAAUUUAAAUUGGUCUUUCUCGGGGAACAGAGUGUGGGGAAGACUUCGCUGAUCACCAGGUUCAUGUAUGACAGCUUCGACAACACUUACCAAGCCACAAUAGGAAUAGAUUUCCUGUCGAAAACCAUGUACCUUGAAGAUCGAACAAUCAGGUUGCAGUUGUGGGACACGGCGGGGCAAGAGCGGUUUCGUAGCCUCAUCCCAAGUUACAUCAGAGACUCUGCUGCUGCUGUCGUAGUGUACGACAUCACGAACGUCAACUCCUUCCAGCAAACCACAAAAUGGAUUGAUGAUGUGAGAACGGAGAGAGGAAGUGAUGUCAUUAUCAUGUUGGUGGGAAACAAGACAGACCUCGCAGACAAAAGACAGAUAACCACAGAGGAGGGAGAACAGAGAGCAAAAGAGAUGAAUGUUCUGUUUAUUGAAACAAGUGCAAAGACAGGCUACAAUGUGAAACAGCUUUUCCGUCGCGUGGCAGCCGCCCUCCCCGGCAUGGAUAUCACACAGGACAAGAGUAGAGAGGACAUGAUUGACAUUAAGCUGGAGAAGCCGCCAGAGCUACCUGCCAGUGAAGGAGGCUGUUCCUGCUAAUGCCGACUUAUGUCAUUACUAAAUAAUUCUCUAACUGGCUUCUUCUCAAACCCGCUCGGUUUUUCUGUAUCUGUACCCUCCACUGCACUGCGCCUCUGUUCCCAGCCUGAAAAAGAACACUACAGCCAUUAUCCUUUCGCCAUUGUGGAAAGCUGCUCUCUCAUCAGGGCGCUCUGAAAGUCAUAAAUCACUUCAAUUGUAACAUAGAUGUUGAAACAGCUGUUGUCUGUCAUUUCAAACAGACAAUAAUCAUAUUGCUGUGGUGGGUCACUAAAGAUGACUCUCUGAACCAAACAGAAAGAAUGAAAAUGUAUUUUAAAACAUGAAAUCAAAGUAUGUGUUUAAGAGUGAGAAUAUACUUUAAAGAGUACAAUAUCGCUUUAAGCCUAAUAAGCACAAUGUGGAUGUGUGUGCAUUUGUCAGUUAACAUAACGUGUGAAGUUGCAAUUGAUUGGCAAUGAUUCGUUCAUGAUUUGUGCUAACGAACUGUUCAAACGGUCUGGAAUAAUUUGUUGAAAAGUUGUGUUGAAGUAAAUGAGUUGGAACCUCUCCCUGUCGACAUGUAUACUGUACACCCAGGAUGCAGCUGAAGCUGGACGUGGCAGGCAUGAGCUUCUUUUAAAAAGAGUGUGUGCUUUGUGCUGCCUGUACAGAAGAGUUCCAGUUCUCCCAACAUGUAUCAGCAGGACAUGACAAGUCACUACACGAUCACACACACACACACACACACACACACCCCACUGCAUGGUCUCUACUACAAGAGCAACACUAUUACUACGUCAUCUACGUUACCGUCCUUCCUCUCUUCCACAUUUGUCCCUUGAGAUUUGUUAUUUUUUUUCCCUUGGCUUCCAUUUUCUAUUACCUUUUUAUUUGAAUAGAUCUUUAAUUAUUUUUUCUAAAGACUACAGCUAUGAUAGAUUUAAACUAUUUCUAUGAAGAUAGUGUUUGAGAAGGAUCUUUCUCAUAUAUUAAGAGUCAUAAUCAUAAAACCCACUGUAAACAUUAGAUACGGAGAUGUAUGCCUUUGGGAGUUCAUCAUAGAGUGCUUCCUUGGCUUUGGGUUUAUUUAGUUAAGUUUUGGUAUGUUUUAUGAACACUUUAAAGACGUGUAUUUAAUCCACAUUGAGUUGUAAUAUUUAUUUCUAUUUGAUUUGUUUCUUUUUUUAUGGCUGUUAAUAUCUUCACUUUUGGUAUACAAGUCCUCAAUCGCUAAUAAAAUAUGCAUCCAUCUGGACCACCUUCACCAGAAUCAGAGAGUCUGCUGUUUCCUCUGUCGCCAAUUUGAUCAUACUGAUAAAAUGGUGCAAUUUUGUGUGAACUUAUGGAGGAGAGUCCAAUUUGAAUAGCAUUGUAGUCCUUAACGUUUCUGUCUGGAAUUGUGAUAAAUGAAAGAAUAAAAAAACACCUGUCACCGCUG